CAGAAGUUCGUUCUGGGCAGGAGCAACACGAAUCAGCUGCUCGAGUACGGGCGGCACACGGCCUGAGAGCAGUCGAGAUGAUAUUUUUCUUCGUUUUUUCUCGUAAAAUGUGAUAAUUAGCCUCGAAUAGAAGGAUGAGUCCGUUCUGGAAGCAAUUCGCCAUCAUUUUCUGGCUGUUUUACGUCCUGUCGGCGAGCCUGCUCAUUUUUAUGAAUGGGUUUCUACUCAGCCGGGACGAAUUCACAGACAAGGCCUCCUGCGUCAACAAAAGCACUGUCCAAUAUUCUGACAAACAUAACUUGCAAGUUUGCACCGAUUCUAAAAGUCAGAAACUGGUGCUUCUCAUUGUUGACGCCUUGAUGUAUGAUUUUGCUGAUUUUGAUGUGAACAACAAGCAACCCUUGCCGUACCAAAACAAGAUGCCUAUCUUCAUGGACCUUGUCAAGUCAAAACCCAGGAACGCGAAGCUAUUAAAAUUCAUUGCUGACCCUCCAACCACCACAAUGCAGCGAUUGAAAGGGUUAACGACUGGAAGUCUGCCCACUUUUAUUGACGCUGGGUCCAAUUUUGCGUCUUCUGAAAUUGCAGAGGACAACUUUUUGGAUCAGCUAAAGAGGUCAGGAAAAAGUGUUGUUUUCAUGGGUGACGACACAUGGACCUCAUUGUAUCCAAACCGUUUCAAAAGGGAAUAUCCAUACCCGUCUUUUAACGUUUGGGACCUGGACACUGUCGACCAAGGCGUCGUAAAACACAUGGAACCAGAACUGAAGAAAAAAGACUGGGACCUGAUAAUUGGUCAUUUUCUUGGUGUAGAUCACUGCGGCCACAGAUUCGGACCAGAGCAUCCAGAGAUGAGUAGGAAGCUAAGAGAAAUGGACGAUUUCAUCAGAAAUCUGGUUGGUAUGUUGGAUGAUGAAACUACAUUGAUUGUGAUUGGGGAUCAUGGAAUGACAGCAAAUGGAAAUCACGGUGGUGACAGUGUAGCCGAGGUGACUGCUGCCAUGUUCGUCUACUCGCCUCACUCGGAAUUGUUUCCCGCGAGUGGUGAACCUGUGCCGCAGGUCAUGCAAGUGGAUCUUGUCCCGACUCUCUCCUCCAUCCUGUCGGUCCCUAUUCCCUUCUCUAAUCUGGGCACUGUGAUAACCGAAGCGCUGCCACUCAUCGAAAGCGACUGGCCGGCGCUCCUGAUUGAUCUAUUGAAUAAUGCCAAUCAAGUCAAUCAGUACAUUACCAAAUAUCAAAGCCAUGGUGGCCAAUUUUCCGAUGAACUGGUAGCUCGUUUAAGUAGAGAGCACAUGGAACUGGUGGUGAAAGCUACUAAACUAAAGAAUUUGGCUGGAUUCCACGAAUUUGUGGCAGAUGUACGACGCUAUCUCGGUUCAGUUAAAUUAAUGUGCGAGGAGGUUUGGGUGCAAUUUGACUUGGCCUCGAUGGUCCUUGGUUGUUUUGCCACAUUAAUAGCUAGUUUUGCUGUUUUCAUAGUAAUCAGUGCGAUUCCAGUUCAAGAAUUCAUUGAUUUUGCUUCCGCGAAAAAAUUAUCCCUUGCAUUAUUUGCUUCUGCCGCGAUAUCAGUCAUUAGUUGGUUAUUUUUAGGUGCUUUUCUAGAGUUUUCAUGUUUCAUGUCUCUGUUUCUUAUCGUAGUUUUUAUUUUCAUUAAUAGGCAUGAGGCCAAUAACCACUUGAAGGCAAUCAAGCAAUCAAAGAGCCUCAUAGAUUUAAAUAUUUUAUCCGCGAUUGUGCUCCUGAUUUCUCUAUUCGGUCUCGGCUCAGACAAUUUCGUCGUCGAGGAAGGCUUUGCUGUUUCAAUUUUAACGGCAGCUCUGAUUGCGUCGCUAUUUUUCUUUUGGGUUGAACGGAAACAAAAGCCGGGCCACCUUUUUUACGGCCUCCUAAGCUACCAAAAGUUGGCAUUUACGGCUUUUAUAGCCGCCUUUUUCGCCCUAGUUUGGUCACUCGCUCUUUACUGGCAAUGUAGAGAGGAGCAAUCUUGGUGCCAAUCUCUUCCCUCCACUGAUCUCAAUAAAAAUGGCAAACUCUACCAGCAAGUAGCAUUUACCCCGCUCAUAUUCCACACAUUCCCAGUUCUGGCAAAUUGGUAUUGGUUGAAAAAGAACGGCAAUUUAGUCUCAAACGAACUCACAAGCCAAUUCAUUACUUAUUUACCCAUUCUAACCACCGUCCUCUCAAUUAUGUACUGGGUGCUCGAGUCCCUUCCUGCUCACCUGCUCAAGAAAACAGUGCAGUGGGACCUGCAAAUUUUGCCACAGAUUUGCUUCCUCCUGAUUUUAAUCUCAUUCCUGUGCCUUCUGUAUGACCCCCUGUUAGUCCACGUGGUUCACCCUAGGGAGCAAGUUCCGGAGGGAAGAGCUGACCUCGUGCCGUACCUCUUCCACCAGGUAAAAAGUGCUCUAAACAGAAACGGCAAAAAAGGAGUGUGUGCUGUUUAUGGCCUGUCGACUGCAUUUUCAUCCGCAGCUUCUGUUGUUGGAUUGCUGCUGUAUCAACUACUUUCAUUAUUGCAAGGCAGUAAAGUGGUUCCCGCACUAGUCAUCACAUUAAUUGCCUUGAUGCUUUUAAUCAUCAUUGCGUCCAUUUCAAGACUAAACACUAUCGUGCUGCCAGGCCAGCUUGUUUAUGUGCCUUGGUUUGCCGUCGUUUCUUGGGCCCUCUUAUCUGUGGUGUGCUUCUAUGGCACGAGCCACAACGCCACUUUCCCCGGCAUCCAGUGGCAAGCUGCGUUCGUCGGCACCAGCGGACAGUUUUCUUCAAACUUCUUGCCAGGACUUUUGAUCAUCGCCAGCACCUUCAGCUCGCAGAUCCUCUUCGGAUUCCUGCUGCCCCUGCUACUGGUUGCUCCUCUUACCGUCUUGAGCAUCAAUGGAGGCCUCGCUAGACAGGACGUUAAAGAAAAAGCUGCGAACGGAGAAAUGUUCAUUUACGAAAAAAGUAGUCUCACCGAGCAGGGCCUCUUCAUGCUGUGCGUCAAAUACAUCCUUGUUCUGUUUUUACGGACUAUGGGAUCCACUUUCACAGCCCUGAUUUUGAGAAGACAUCUGAUGGUGUGGAAAGUGUUCGCACCCAAGUUAAUUUUCGAAGUUGUUGCAUUGCUAGUGAGUAUGACCGCAGUGUUAUUUGGAUAUAUAUUCUUUGUGAGAGUUUUCAAGGCUGUUGAUAAGCUGAUGGGGGAGUUGGAAGAAAAGCAAAAAGCUUAGUAAAUUGAUGCCGCUGACAAGUGGCCUUUUUUCGGCCAGUGAUGUGUUCAAGAAUUAAAAAAUUAGUUGUGCCUGGUGCGGCAUGGAUGCUCAACUGCACUGAAAGCAUGGCAGUUUCAGAAUCACGUCAUGCUCAAAAUGCAGGAUGACGCCCAUGCAGCAUUUUUUGUAGUAGUCACAUGUCGUACAGGCAACGAUAAUAACUAUUGCACAAGUCCAUAAAACCAAGCGCAGAUAAUGUAAAAGGACGUUUGAAUAAAAUAUAAGUCAAGAGAAUUAA